UCAAAGGUAACACUGCCUCCGUUUCUCUGUCUAGGGUUUUACAUACUCCUCUUUCUCUCUCUUCCGUUUCUCUCGUUUCCCAGCAGAAGAAUCAAGAAUGACUCAACAAUCGCAGGAGGAGUUAUUGGCCCACCAUCUUGAGCAACAGAAGAUUGAUAACGAUGAGCCUAUAAUUGAGGAUGAAGGGGAUGACGAUGAUGAUGAUGAUGAAGAAGAUGAUGAUGAUGUUGAGGGACAAAUAGAUGCCAGCGGUAGAUCAAAGCAGAGCCGUAGUGAGAAGAAGAGUCGCAAGGCAAUGCUAAAGCUGGGAAUGAAGCCAAUUCCAGGGGUCAGCCGAGUCACAGUAAAGAAGAGCAAGAAUAUCCUAUUUAUCAUCUCAAAGCCAGAUGUGUUCAAGAGCCCGAACUCAGACACCUAUGUCAUCUUUGGUGAGGCCAAGAUUGAGGAUUUGAGCUCACAAUUGCAAACUCAAGCUGCAGAGCAGUUCAAGGUUCCUAUUCCCAACAGCAGCCAAGCCGCACCAAAGGCAGAGCCAGAAGCUUUAAUUCAAGAUGAUGAAGAUGUAGACGAGACUGGUGUGGAACCCAAGGACAUCGAGCUGGUCAUGACACAAGCUGGGGUUUCAAGGGUUAGGGCUGUCAAAGCUCUCAAAGAGGCCAAUGGAGACAUCGUCUCUGCCAUUAUGGAGCUCACAAACUAAAGAAGGACUCAUGCUUAGAUAUGUUUCCUUGUUGAGGGCCACCAUUUUCUACCCUGAGAUAUCGAAUCAUUGAGGUUGAGAAAUCUGCUUCAUUUUUCAGUUUUAUGUGUGUUGCAAUACAACUCUACUAGAAUUGUGAUAACCAUGUUCUCAGUUUUGCAUUUGUUUCUGCUCUCAUCCUUUAGCCUAUUGAGAAAUAUGAUUAAGUUCUCCA